GGGGAAAGAGAGAGGGAUUUGUGAGGUAAGGGUUAUUUGAGGAAGGGGUUGACAAUGAGCCCUGUUAGCAGAGGAACAGUGGCAGCACAGUUUGUUUCGAGCCUGUGAAGGUUUAGAGGGUGCUGCCUGUCACUUUUCCUUCAAGCUCUCAGCUGGUCAGGCGCUGACCCUUCCUCCCAACAGAUGCUAGUCGUUGGACAGAAUCCCCAAGUUACUUCUUGUGUGAUUUAUUCACGGCCGGGACGAAUGUCUUCCUAUGCACCACUGUAAGUGGAACUUGAAGCCAGGCCUCCUCGCUCAGAUUAGGAACACAACCACUGUACCGCAAGAACCCCCUAUUCUUAAGUAUUGUGCAUAGCCUGGCAAAUUGACCAUCAACAAUUCUGAUAGAUGUAAAAGGCACCAUUAACAUAUUUGGAAGAAUACUGACAACAUUCCAGCAAUAAUACUGAAGACUUGUGCUCCAGAACUUGUCACUGUGCUAGCCAAGCAAAUUCCGUACACUAUAACAUUGUCAUCUAUUGGGCAAUGUGGAAAAUUGGCCAGCUCACCACCAUGGACAGUGCCACUGAGGGUUAUCAUUUUUACAUCGGGCUUGCUCUUGCCAUCAGUUCCAGCGUUUUCAUCGGAAACAGUUUCAUUCUGAAGAAGAAGGGGCUGCUACGCCUGGCCAGCAAGGGGGUGAUCAGAGCAGGUCAGGGUGGCCAUGCAUACCUCAAGGAAUGGUUGUGGUGGGCCGGGCUUCUCACAAUGGGUUUAGGAGAAGCUGCCAAUUUUGCUGCCUAUGUCUUUGCUCCAGCAACUCUGGUCACUCCGCUGGGAGCCCUUAGUGUCCUUGUGAGUGCUGUUUUAUCCUCUUAUUUUCUAAACGAGAGCCUUAACCUUCAUGGGAAGAUGGGCUGCAUCUUGAGUAUUUUGGGAUCGACAGUGAUGGUAAUCCAUGCCCCCCAAGAGGAGGAGGUUGGCACCUUGACUGAAAUGGUGGAAAAGCUCAAAGAUCCAGGUUUUAUUGUGUUUGCAGUAUGUGUCGUCACCAGCUGCCUGAUCCUCAUCACUGCAGUAGCCCCCCGCUAUGGGCAGAAGAAUGUGCUGGUCUACAUCCUGAUCUGUUCCAUCAUCGGCUCCCUCUCCGUCUCUUGUGUCAAGGGCCUGGGGAUCGCCAUCAAGGAAUUGUUUAUGGGUCGCCCUGUGCUGAUGCAGCCAGUGACCUGGAUCCUGCUAGGCUGCCUGAUAGUCUGUGUGAGCAUACAGAUUAAUUACUUAAACAAAGCCCUGGAUAUUUUCAACACCUCUAUUGUUACACCCAUCUACUAUGUCCUGUUCACCACUGCUGUCAUGACCUGUUCAGCCAUCCUGUUCAAGGAGUGGUAUCACAUGACCAUAGACAACAUUGUGGGCACGAUAAGUGGGUUUGUCAUCAUUGUUCUUGGGAUCUUCUUGCUCCAUGCCUUCAAGAACAUCAGCUUCACUCUUGGUACCCUACCCCCAUUCAUCAGGAAGAGUGAACCUGGCACCAUGUGGACCAAGAUGACACAGCAUCAGCAGUAUCCAGGUCUGCCAGAGCAAGAAACUGAAGUCCUCGUCUGCCCAAGUGAAGUUGGGAUUGUGCAUGGUUUCACCUGAGGCUGGAUCUCAAAUGAAACAGGGCUAAAUGGGCUAUCAAUGGAUAUGAUGGGCGAUGGAGUGAGUUCAGAACUUGCAAAAUUCUUCUGCAGAAAUCCAGUUCGGCAAUACUCACAGUUAAAGCCUGUGCCAUUUUCCCUUUUGUUAAUAUGAUUCUCUUCUUCCCUUAACUUGGGCCAUAAACCCUUUGCAGCUUGAUUCGGUGCUGUGUGAACUAAGUGGGAGUUUGGCCAACACCACUUCAUGUAAUUACAUUACUGUGCUUACUAAUAACUGACCCUGAAGGAGUGUUUGUUUCCUGGUACUAAAAGGCUAGGAAGAUGUAAAUAUGGCUAUUCAAAUUUGCGAAGGCUGGAGCAGUGGAAUCUCACUGCAGGAUUACCUCAUUCAUUCUAAAACUGUGCAAGACUCAAGUAUCAAAGUUCUGCAGACUAUACAGUUCCAUGACUCCUACACCUCACCUCUGAAAUACUGUAUCACAAAUACAAAUUUAACAGGGCAAGAAACAUUUUUAUUACUAUAUAUUAUAACAAAAGUAAUGCAUCAGUCAGCAGAGCACAAUGUCAGUCUAUUGUCUUUCACCAGCUGAAGAUACUACUUUCACAAUAUAUCCCACUAAAUUGGAAAAUGUGAGCCAACACCAGGUAGGAUAAUCAGCUUUGAGAAAUGCCACUGCUGUCAUGAUUUUUUGAUGCAAAUACACUGACAGUUUAUGUUAUUGUGAUCACGAACACCAGCCGUCACUAAUCAUCAGCAGGUCAGUAACCAUGCUCGUACAUUCCAGUAAAAGAUGGUCUGUCCCAAUACAAUCCAAACUCAGUAGAGAUUUCCGCUCAACGGCUAAAGGAGCUGGGGCUCUCCCCUUUAAGAGUCAAUACAAUAGAAAAUGUAAUCUGCACAGUAACUGUCCUGGAAGAGUUUGUUAGAAAAGAGGAGUUUCAGCUUCAACAUAUUAAGCACUCGUAGGGCAGAGACAGCAUGGGGUUAGAUACAGAAUGAAGCACCCUCUACGCUGAGCCUAUCAAACACUCGAGACUGGCACAAUAUGGGGUUAAUUAUAAAUGUAGAAGGAGCUUUACUUUGUAUUUAACACUGUGCUGACUCUAUACUAUGAUGGAGACACUGAAGAGGGAGGUUUACUCUGUAGUUUGUCAGCACUGCGAGUGUUUGAUUCUAACAUUGUAUCAUACUAAUAGAACAUGUUGUAUACUCGUUGCUGACACCUCCAUGACUGCAAUGACAUGUUUUCUGUCCCUCGAGCUGAGGACAAUGGUAGUGAUAUGACAUAAGCAGCUAUGAAACUGAGGGCGGUGAUGCUGUUCCAGAGGAUCACACCAACAAGUUAUUCCAACAGUUUGAUAAAACCAGGUCCUGACUGGAUAACUCACCUUGCACAGAGGAUGGGUAACUUUGUAGCUUCAUCCACUAAGUACAAAUUCCAUUGGAAGCUUGCAAAAGAUGCUCUUACCCUCUAAUCAUGUUAGCUCUAAGUGAAGACAUUGCAUGAAUAUGAUCAGAAGUUCAAGUUAGUGCCAUCGUCUUGUCACUUUGUUGAAAAUAGAGUAAAACAGCUCAUCUGUGCCUAAGUUCCAAAGUUGCUUCUGAUUGUUUUGUUUUGGAUUGGAUUGGGAUAUCUGGUCAGCAUGGAUGAGUUAGACCAAAGGGUCUGUUUCUAUGCUGUACUUCUGACUAAUUCCCAGCAACUGUAUUUAAUGUGCUAUGGCUGUGACAAUUCUGCAUUUACCUGCUUUAAGUUCCAAUAAUGCCUGCUAAAAUGUUUUUUUUAAAAUGAAAAUGGUUGGGGCAGCAGUUUCUCAACACAAUUUAAUGGGACUCUCCUGUUAUUUCAGUAGAACACUGCCUGAGGGGGUCUCUAAAGUAUUCAGUUUGUCCAGCUUGUCAGCAGAGUUUUUCAAUCUUUAUACUCAAGAUUGUGCGGUACGGAAUGAGGAGCACAGAAGACCCUCACCCCCCCCACCACGGGAAGAUCACAGAUACAGAACAUUGUGGGAAACUCAGACAUAGAUUUCCUGUCCCAUUCUCUGGCUGAAAAUCCUGUACUGUCACCAUGUGAAAAUCACAAUAUAGAUCCCUGUCCCAUUCUCCCAUUGUGAAAAUCACAGAUGUGGACCCCCCCAUCCCAGUCUCAUUGUGAAAAUCACAGACGCAAGCCCUCACUUUGUUCUGCUACCACGUGAAAAAUCAGAUAUGAAUUCCCCCCAACUUGUUUUCUGUGAAAAAUCAUGAAUCCCACUCUGAAUAGACAAUAUAUCUGGGACACCAGAUUUAAUUUUUCAUGCUGAAGACAGCACGUAGAUCAUACCCACUAUGUUUUAUUGUAUUGAGUGCAUGUUUGUGUUAAAAACGCCACCGUGCUUUAUUUCUGAUGGUAAGAUGAUCAUACAGAAGACUCCGUAUCAAGGACAUAAAAGCCCGAUUUAAGGUCCUUCCGAGAGCAGUCGGGGCUAACAGGUCCCAUAGAGCUGUGCCCCAGCAAUGCUGCCUGCCAAUUCUGCACUGUGCCUGACACGCACUGCGCCAUGUGUUGAGGCAAGUCUUUUGUGCCGCUGUUCCACAGUAUACUCCUGCUCACUCAGUCACUCAGACUCUCUGGUGACAUCCUGCUUUUUUGUGUCUGUUCCAGUCGAUUGAGGAUGAACUGGCUGGUGUCGAUAAAACGUUCCACACAGUUCACAAAGCAGGUUUCUGUUCUGCUGUCGAGCCGUGGGCCUGGUUUAUCCAUACACUUAUCCUGCCAAGGAAGAGGACAAUCAUCAACAGGUCAGGAAAUGAGGUGUUGGGACCUGAUCAAAUUCAACGUCAAAGGAAUCAGACGGAAAUGGGGAACAAUUCUGGCCAGUCGUGACUACUUUCAAACAGAGACAGAAUAAACUUGCUCAUUACAGUUACAUUAAAUAUCUGUAAGGAGGCAUUUUGGAA